GUGCGACACCACCACUUGUUGGUUGGGGUAUGAUGGAUUCUAUAAUGUUGGGAUCUCUGCAUAAUUAUCGCCUACUUCUUCAGGGCAAUGAUCCGACAGUCAAACUCAAUGUUUUUCAGCAUGCAUUGGCUGGGGCUGGUGCUGGUUUUACUGUUUCAUUUGUUGCUACUCCGAUCGAGCAAAUCAAAGUACAUAG